UACCCGAAAAUGUCUUUUCCUCUUUCAAUGACCAAAAAACCUCACUUUGUUUUGGUACCUUUACUAGCACAAGGUCACAUGAUCCCUAUGAUCGAUAUGGCUCGGUUAUUGGCUAAACAAGGGGUUGUCGUCAGCUUGGUGACAACCCCUUUGAAUGCCUCGAGAUCCGCUAGUAAUAUUAAACAGGAUCAAACCAAUGGGCUUCUCAUUAACUUGGUGGUAAUCCCAUUCCCUUGGCAGGAAGUUGGAUUACCAUCAAGAUGUGAGAACCUAGACAGUCUCCCCUCAAGAGACCUUAUACACAAAUUUUACCAUGCCCUUGAUUUGAUGCAAAAUCCAUUGGAAGAGUAUUUGGAGAAACAAAAACUUCCUCCGAGCUGCAUCAUCUCAGAUAGAUACAUGUAUUGGACAUCUGAAACAGCUCAGAAGUUUAAUAUACCACGAAUCGUUUUCCAUGGAACGGGUGCCUUUGCGUUGUUGUGCUCGCAUAACGUGAAACUCCAUAAUGCACAUGUUUCAGUGGCAUCAAACUCUGAGGUUUUCGAGAUUCCAGAAAUGCCUCUAAGAGUCGAUGUCUCGAGGAUGCAACUGCCGAGUGCAGUUAUAGCAUCAGGUAACUUAGAUGACAUUCGUGCCCGAGUGGAAAAGGCGGAAUCAAGUGCUUAUGGAGUAGUGAUGAAUACGUUUGAUGAUCUUGAGCGUUCUUGCAUUGAUGCAUACCAAGAGAAGAUAAAGAAAAAAGUGUGGUGCAUUGGCCCGGUUUCAAUGUGUAACAAAGAAACCCUAGACAAAUUCACGAGAGGGAACAACUCUUCUAUCAAUGAGAAACAAUGCAUUGAGUGGCUAGAUUCCAUGAAGCCAAAAUCUGUUCUAUACGUUUGCCUUGGCAGCCAAUGUCGCCUCAUUCCGUCACAAUUAUUCGAGCUCGGGCUUGCCUUGGAGGCAUCAAACCAUCCAUUCAUUUGGGUCAUAAAUCGUCGAGAGAGAUUCAAAGAACUAGAGAAGUGGUUAGUCGAUGAAAAUUUUGAAGAGAGGAACAAAAGAAAGGGAUUACUGAUCAUCGGGUGGGCCCCGCAAGUUCUAAUAUUGUCCCAUCCAUCGAUCAAAGGGUUUCUGACUCAUUGCGGGUGGAACUCAGUUAUCGAAGGGAUUUGUUCAGGCGUUCCAAUGAUCACAUGGCCAAUGUUCUCUGAGCAAUUCUUGAACGAGAUCUUGAUCGUGAAGAUUCUAAAGAUCGGGAUCUCUGUUGGGGUUCGAGUUCAGGUUCGAUGGGGAGAGGAAGAGAAAGUUGGGGUGGUGAUAAGAAAACAUGAGAUUAAGAAGUCCAUAAAACGUUUAAUGGAUGAAAGAAUUGACGAGGAAGAGGAGGAGGAAAUAAGGAAGAGGGCUCAAGAGGUAGGAGGAUUAGCAAGAAAAGCCAUAGGAGAAGGCGGUUCAGCUGAAGUUAACAUCAAAUUAUUGAUUCAAGACAUCAUUAAUUUCCGUAUUCCCUCUCAACAAUCAUUUUAA